AUGGUCGACGCGCGGAUGGUUUUCGAGAGCAUGCCUCGUCGUGAUGUGGUGCUCUGGACGAGCUUGAUACAAGGCUUUGUGGACAACGGGGAAAGCAAGCUGGCUCUCGUGUUCUUCGAAGAUAUGAAGCUAUCUGGGUGCUGUCCAAACUCUCAGACGUGUGUUGCUGCGCUUGCCGCCUGUGCGAGCUCGGCAAUGCGAGAAGAAGCGGUGGAUGUCGACGGCAAACUCGUGAAGAGAAAGAGCUUGGAAACCGGGGUGGCUAUCCACGGUGAAGCUUCAAACAGCAGGUGCUGUGAGGACGUGUUCGUGGGGAACACUCUGAUCGAUAUGUACGCGAAGUGUGAGAAGCUAGAGGAAGCUCGCAAGGUCUUCGAUGGCAUGGCUGGCCGAUGUAAGUGGAGACAGCAAGCUGGCCUUGGAGGUGUUCUUUGGCAUGGCUCGGGAGAACGAUCCGGACGAGAGAACGUUUGUUGCUGCGCUCAUGGCCUGCAUCCACCUUUCAGCGUCCGAGCCACCUGUUCCGCGAGAAGAUGGAAAGCUAGUGCGAAUCCAGAGCCUAGAAAAGGGGAUGGAGAUUCAUUCUCUCGCCGCGAAGUUUGGACGCUGCGAGCACAGAUUUGUCGGGAGCAGCUUGGUGGACAUGCUGAGCUUUACAGGCGUGGGCUGGAAGACGAUCAAGUUGUGGGGAGUAAACUUCUACAGGAAGUGCGGAGUUAUGAGUGCGAGCACUUGUUUGGAUCUCUGGCAGUCCGAGAUAUCGUCGCCUGGAAUGCACUGAUCACAGGAUUCGGCCAACAGGGUGACACGUCGCGCAUGUUCGAAGCCUGUCGUGAGAUGCGAGAAGAUGGCGUGCGAGCAAACGCCAUCACGUUUGUCUCGGUCAUCACUGCUUGCAGCCACGGCGGCCUAGUUGAACGAGGCAGGGAGUUUUUCCAGGCAAUGGACCCGGACUCUGGCAUUGUUUGCGGGAUUCAUCACUACAGCAGCUUGGUGGAUCUCGUAACCGAAAGUCCUCGAGAGCAUGCCUUUGAGAGCGGAUGCUGUGGUUUGGAGGAGCGUCCUCGGGGCCUGCUGUAA